UCCCGUGACGACAUUUCCGGCUUGUUGCCUGUUGUAAAUACAGCAAACAGCUGGACGCAGAACCGUCUCCUUGUCAAACACAGUUAACAUCUGUGUCACCUGCUUGGAAUAAGAGAACCCGUAUCAAUCCGCGUUUGCGGUGAUUUGUCUGAACUCUUGUCUCCUGCCGCCUCCUUUUUGCGGCUAGCAGCUUCGAGCUAAGUUACCGUCCGGGUACUGCUCAGGUUGCUUUUUGAGGCUCAGGUUCUCUGCUGAGUUCUGCCCACAGAAAGAAGUGUCUUCUCUCUCAUGGUGGUUUUAGGUCAAUGGGGAACUGCUUGUUUUCACAAGGUGGGGAUGACCUUUCGCUGCUGAACGAUUCCGAGGGGGGCAGUCUGCCAGGAGAGCCCCCGCCGCCCUAUCAGCAGCACACCCCGCCUGUGCCAGUCUUCCAUCCUACGCCAGGCGAGAGUCGUCUGGCCAACCAGUUGACCGAGGAGGAACAGAUCCGCAUCGCUCAGCGUAUCGGACUCAUCCAGCAUCUUCCCACAGGUAUCUUCAACCCUGGCUCUGACGCCUCGGAGAAGAAAGUAAAAGAGUGUGUGAUCUGCAUGAUGGAUUUUGAAUAUGGUGAUCCCAUUCGGUUCUUGCCUUGCCUUCACAUCUACCACCUGGACUGCAUCGACCCCUGGCUGAUGCGCUCCUUCACCUGCCCCUCCUGUAUGGAGCCCGUGGACGCCGCCCUGCUGUCUACAUAUGAAACCAACUGAGUCCCGCUGGUAGCUGCUCCCGAUCCUGUCCAGAAGGAACGACACCAUUUUUACCCUCGCUAUUAAACUGGUAGCAGGGUGUGGCCUUGCGCAGGUAUUUCUAGGAUCUCUGGGGAUGAAGACACACAUCAAGAACAGUUACACACAUGUUUGUGUUUGAAGAAAUGUUGGAUUUUCACAGGAGGAUAAUGUGCCAAAUCAAGUCAGAUGAGCUAAAAAAUUACAAAAUGCAAUGAUUUUCGUUUUUAAAUAAUCAGCUGUUUACUUCCUCUUUGGCGUAAUGUCCGUUAUUUCAGACAGAGCGAUUUAUCUGAGUCAUGUGAGAAUCAGUGUUUGGUUAAGUUGACAAUGAAAACACAAAGUGAAAAGAUGAUUUUCUUAUAGAGAAUCCAUAUUCUGGGAUGUUGCAGAAAUACGUUCACACAAUUCACGUUAGUUUCCGCAACUAAAUUAAAGUUGUCAGGACUUCGCUCUUUUUACAUGUUAUCAGUUCAGUCAUUCACAUGAUUCAAGAAUUGAUUGUCUUUUAUUUUGCAAGCAUUAGUUGUUGAGUGCUUCCUCCUUAUGAAUUCUCCCUUUUGCUUUUGAAUUGAAUUAAAAUCCAGUUCUUCCAGAUUCUAUACAUGUUUACCAUCAGAAACAUUUACAGAAUCACAACUUCCUGUUCAGGCCUCCUUAUCGCCAUAUUGAGCUCCUAAUCUUAAAGUCUGUAGGUUGUGGGUUCCAUAUAAAAUGUGUUUUAAUUUCUGUUUUAAGCAUUUUAGGUAACGGUUGUUUGAGACGGGCACGUCUAGGAAGUGUGACUUAUGACUUCCUGUCUUUCUUUUUUUUUUUUUUUUUGUUGUGUGGUUCUGGACUUCGUUUAGCAACUUACAAAUUUCCAAAGUUUCUGAGUUUAGUAGCGCAAAAUGUUUUCGCCUUUUGAUGUCUGACACGUAAUGUGAGACUGACUUUGUGUUGUGUUGGAAGAACUGGUGAAGCACUAGGAAGGGAUGUAGACUGACUGAAUGUAAAGCAUGAUUUGAACCGUUGAGAGAUUUGAGUACGAGGACAUUUCUGAUUUACUGUGCGCUCGACGUGCCUUUUCUAAAGGUUGAUGUAAGCCAAGUUCUGUGAAGUACAAUCAGUUUUGACUUUUACUUUGUCGUUCUUUAGUUUUCCUCCAGGAGGAAACUCAUACCAGCACUGUGUGUCACAGGUGUGUUUGAAGAAGCUGCUGGUGACAAACACCAAGAGUCUGUAUCUGUUUUAAUUUAUAAUGUAUGCAAAAAGUGCAAAAAAGUGUGAGAACUGAUAAGUCACAAUAAAAGUAUAUUCUGAAUCUUUU